CUCUCACACGCACGGUGGCUCCGAAGUGAUUUGCAUCGCUGGCCGUGUUCUUGCAUCAGAAGUAGGUGUUACCCGUGCAGCGUGUACCACGUCUCGGACAUUUCCAUUGAGCUUCUGCCCAGUGGAACGACGCACUCGCCGUAGCUCUGGUCGGAGACAUUUCCAUCAGACCUCCCACCUCGCAAGGGGUGGCGGCGCCAGGCUGUCGCAGCCGCCCCCAGCGAUCAUCGGCAGGCCCGGCCCACGACCGGAGGAGGAGGAUGACGACGACAGGGAAGGACGAACAAGACGAGAGAGGAGCGGGCGACGGCGCCGGGCCGCGCGGCGGGCCCCCCCCCGAGGCGCGCUUCCCCUUGGGGUCUCGAGGCGGCGCUGCGCAGGAGGAGGACGAGGACGACGACGACGACGGCGAAAACCAACGCGCCAGGCUGUCAGCUUUGGACGCCCGAAGAAACAAUGGGUACAAUGCCG